GCGAAGACGAGAAACUUGCUGCUUCUUUGCUAGAUGGGAAGUUUCCCCGCAGCACAUCGAUGCAAGACACUGUUAGGGAAGGACAUGGGAUUCCACCACCACCUCAGACAGCCCCGCCCCCACCUCCUUCUCCAUAUUACUUCGACACAGGCCCCCCUCCAUCCUUCUCGCCACCUCCACCCCCAGGAAGAGCUUACGACACCAUAAGGUCAAGCUUUAAGCCCAGCCUGGAGGCUAAACUCCACGGACUCCCGCAAGUCAUCAGUGCAGCUGAGAUGUACGAUCAGGCGAGGACUUCCAUCCCUUACCCCGAAAGGCAGAAGAGGGCCCGAUCCAUGAUAAUCCUACAGGAUUCCUCUCAUCUUCCCGUGGAGCCGACAGAGAUCCCCCGGCCUGGCCCGUCUGCGACCCCUCCAGAGAAGCUGAAGAGGAAGGGGAGAGUGAUUGACAACCCCUACGCCAACAUGGGCCAGUUCAACGUCAGCCUGUUUGCUCCCACCAAGCCGCAGAGGAAGAAGAGUCCUCUGGUCAAGCAGUUACAAGUGGAGGAUGCCCAGGAGAGAGCAGCGCUGGCCAUCACCGGGGGCUUCACCAGGGAGCCCUCCCCCACCCGCCGCAGCCACCGCCUGAGCGGGGUGGAGUAUCAGCACCACGCCGGCAUCGCCCAGGUGGAAGCCACGAGCAUCCCCUUCGCCACUGCCAUCGCCGGGGUCAUGAAGGACCGAGACCGUCGCCUGGAUGAGAGGCGGAAAUCCACAGUCUUCCUCUCGGUCGGGGCCAUCGAGGGCACCCCCCCCAGCAGCGACAUGCCAUCCCUGCAGCAGUCCAGGUCUAUCGACGAGCGGCUCUUAGGAAGCCGAGAUGUUCUACUGCCUUCCCCUGUCUCAGCGUUAAAGCCAUUGAUCAGCAGCUCAUCCUCGACGUUCAUCCACCCGCUGACGGGCAAGCCCCUGGAUCCGAACUCGCCCCUGGCGCUUGCGCUGGCCGCAAGGGAACGGGCCCUCUCCACUCAAGUCCCGUCCCGGUCGCCCACCCCGAUCCACAGCCCCGACUCAGACAGGGCGGCGCCCCUCUUCGUGGACAUCCAAACCAAAGAACCGGAGCGGGGGGAGCUGGAGAGCCUGGUGUCCCCUGCGUACUCGCCUGGAGGCAAAGGGACGAUCGGGACGGACUCUGGGACUUUGGCCCCCGCGAAGAGCCCGUGGGGGACUCCAUCCACACUGAGGAAAGAGCCCGAGGCACGAGCAGAGACACCCGGGAAGGAGGAGAAGAAGCAAGAGGACAAGAAGUCCAUGAUCAUUAGCAUAGUGGAUACAUCGCAGCAGAAGACCGCUGGCCUCAUCAUGGUUCACGCCACAAGUAACGGCCAAGACGAGAUAGGACUUGAGAUCAAGGAGGAGAAGCCAGCUGUCCCUGAAGCAUGCACGGAGCCGGCCGAGUCCCCCAAAGCAGAGCCCCAGCCCAGUCCCGUGGGAAAGCCUCCGGUCAGUCCGGCCUCCGACAAGACGCUGGGGCAAGGGAGCUCGGAGGAGGAAGUGGAGCCCUACACGGUCACCCUCCCGCCGGCCCAGCUGUCCUCGAGCGACGAAGAGACCAGGGAGGAGCUGGCCAAGAUCGGGCUGGUGCCUCCACCAGAUGAGUUUGCGAACGGGGUCCUGGUCACCACCCCUGGCACGCCGGUCAGCCACCUGGCUACGCCCAGCACGCCACCCAUACCAGCGGCAGCAGUAGCACCUUCUACCACUGGCGGAACACCCUCAGGGAAGCCCUCUGAUGCCCCCGUAGCCCCGGAGUCUGCUGCAGACUCAGGAGUGGAAGAGGUGGACACCAGAAGUUCAAGUGACCAUCACCUGGAGACCACAAGCACCAUCUCUACGGUCUCCAGCAUGUCUACGUUGUCCUCAGAAAGCGGGGAGCCCACUGACACAUACACUUCCUUUGCGGAUGGACAAACUUUUAUACUCGAGAAGCCACCAGUGCCUCCAAAGCCAAAACUCAAGUCCCAGCUCAGCAAGGGGCCAGUUACUUUCAGGGACCCACUUUUGAAGCAGUCUUCGGACAGCGAGCUCAUCUCCCAGCAACAUGCGGCCACUCUGGCGUCAGCCAGCAUUGGCCGGCCACGCUACCUCUUUCAGAGAAGGUCCAAGCUAUGGGGGGACCCCAUGGAGAGCAGGCCCAUCCAUGGGGCUGACGAUGACAAGCCAACUGUGAUCAGCGAGCUAAGUUCCCGACUACAGCAGCUGAACAAGGACACGCGAUCCCUGGGGGAGGAACCGGCCGGGGCCACGCUGGACCCGGGGAAGAAGUC